CUACCCAACUGAACAAUGGCUUCUUCUCUUUCUCUUCUUGUGGCUAUUAUCCUCUGCUUCUCAUCUCUCCGGUGUUCCAACGCCAUCGGCAAAGGCUACCGUCUAAUCUCCAUUGAGAAGUCUCCCGAUGAUGGUGGCUUCAUUGGCUUUCUCCAAGUGAAGCAGAGUAACAAAAUCUAUGGCUCUGAUAUAACCAUCCUUCGACUCUUCAUCAAGCACGAAACGGAUCAUCGCCUUCGUGUUCACAUAACAGACGCAAAGAGACAACGAUGGGAAGUUCCGUACAAUCUCCUCCGCCGAGAACAACCACCGAGAGUAAUCGGAAAAUCAAGAAAAUCUCCGGUUACGGUACAGGAAAUAUCCGGACCGGAGUUGAUAUUGAGCUUCACCACAGAUCCUUUCAGCUUCGCCGUGAGAAGAAGAUCCAACCGCGAGACGAUUUUCAACACUAGUAGCUCUGAUGAGAACUUCGGAGAGAUGGUGUUCAAGGAUCAGUACCUUGAGAUCUCAACUUCACUACCCAAAGACUCGUCUCUGUAUGGAUUUGGUGAAAACUCACAACCCAAUGGAAUCAAGCUUGUUCCUAAUGAGCCUUACACUCUUUUCACUGAAGACGUCUCGGCGUUUAAACUCAACACCGAUCUUUACGGGUCACACCCUGUUUACAUGGAUUUGAGAAACGUUAGAGGUAAAUCCUACGCACACUCUGUUCUGCUUCUCAACAGUAAUGGUAUGGAUGUGCUUUACAGAGGCGGUUCCUUGACGUACAAGGUAAUUGGAGGUGUUUUCGAUUUCUAUUUCUUUGCUGGACCGUCGCCUCUCAAUGUCGUUGAUCAAUACACUUCGUUAAUCGGAAGGCCAGCACCAAUGCCGUACUGGUCUCUAGGGUUUCAUCAAUGUAGAUGGGGAUACCGUAAUGUAUCAGUUCUUGAAGAAGUGGUGGAUAAUUAUCAAAAGGCUAAGAUCCCUCUUGAUGUGAUUUGGAACGAUGCUGAUUACAUGGAUGGUUACAAGGACUUCACAUUGGAUCUUGUGAACUUUCCUCAUGCUAAGCUAUUGGCUUUCUUGGAUAGAAUCCACAAGAUGGGAAUGAAGUAUGUUGUGAUAAAUGAUCCUGGUAUUGGUGUCAACGCGAGCUACGGUGUUUACCAAAGAGGCAUGGCUAAUGAUGUGUUCAUUAAAUAUGAAGGAAAGCCUUUCUUGGCUCAAAUGUGGCCUGGUCCGGUUUACUUCCCUGAUUUCCUCAACCCAAAAACGGUGUCUUGGUGGGGUGAUGAAAUCCGACGUUUCCAUGAAUUAGUCCCCAUUGAUGGUCUUUGGAUCGACAUGAAUGAGGUCUCCAAUUUCUGCUCUGGAUUGUGCACAAUCCCGGAGGGGAAACAGUGUCCGAGUGGGGGAGAACCUGGUGUGACGUGUUGCUUGGACUGCAAGAAUAUAACCAAUACGAGAUGGGAUGAUCCACCUUACAAGAUCAAUGCUACUGGAAACAAAGCUCCUCUUGGAUUCAAGACUAUUCCCACAAGUGCUUAUCACUACAAUGGUGUUCGUGAGUACGACGCUCACAGCAUCUACGGGUUCUCUGAGGCCAUCUCGACCCAUAAGGCCUUACUUGAUGUCCAAGGCAAACGUCCCUUCAUAUUGUCACGGUCCACUUUUGUUGGUUCAGGUCAAUAUGCUGCUCACUGGACUGGAGAUAACCAGGGAACAUGGCAGAGCUUGCAAGUAUCUAUCUCAACGAUGUUGAACUUCGGAAUUUUUGGAGUUCCUAUGGUUGGUUCAGACAUAUGUGGAUUCUUUCCUCCAACACCAGAAGAACUCUGCAACCGUUGGAUUGAAGUCGGUGCGUUUUACCCCUUUUCAAGAGAUCAUGCCGAUUACUAUGCGCCAAGAAAAGAGCUUUACCAAUGGGGAACAGUAGCAGAGUCAGCUCGUAACGCUCUUGGGAUGAGAUACAAACUCCUUCCUUUUCUCUACACUCUCAACUAUGAAGCCCAUAUGACGGGUGCACCAAUCGCUAGACCGCUCUUCUUCUCUUUCCCUGAUUACACCGAGUGCUACGGUUUGAGCAAACAGUUCUUGCUCGGAAGCAGCUUAAUGAUAUCACCAGUUCUUGAACAAGGUAAAACCCAAGUUGAAGCUCUGUUCCCACCAGGUUCUUGGUACCACAUUUUUGACAUGACUCAGGUCGUUGUUUCCAAGAACGGGAAGCGCGUGACUCUCCCAGCUCCGUUGAACGUUGUGAACGUGCAUCUUUACCAGAACACGAUAUUACCAAUGCAACAAGGUCGGUUAAAUUCCAAAGAGGCGAGAACAACUCCGUUUAGUCUGGUCGUCACUUUCCCGGCUAGAGCAUCAGAGGGAUACGCCACCGGGAAACUCUUUCUUGACGAUGAUGAACUUCCAGAGAUGAAAAUUGGAAACGGACAGUCAACAUACGUUGACUUCUACGCAUCGGUUGGUGAGAGUGUGAAGAUAUGGUCUCAAGUGAAAGAAGGUAAGUUUGCGUUGAGACAAGGUUUGGUGAUUGAGAGAGUGAUUGUUUUGGGACUUGAAGGAACAGAGCAAGUUUCUUAAAUACAUCUUAAUGGAAGUCCAAUCUCCAACGAGACCAAGAGGAUUGAGGUAAGCUCCAAGGAUCAGAAGUAUGUGGUGGGUUCGGAAGAUAAAGGAGAGAGUAAGAGCUUCAUGGUUGAGCUUAAGGGCCUUGAGAUACUAGUGGGUAAGGACUUCAACAUAUCUUGGAAAAUGGCUAGUACUAAUGGCGCUCAUUAAUUUACAUGUGAGAGUUAGUCAAAACAAGGGUUUGGUCACCCAAAGAGAGAGAAUAUAUGAUUUCACAGCCUAACACAUUCGUGACUAG